AUGCUCCCCGAUACGUCCGAUUUUGAAAUCAUUUUGUCGGACUCGUCCUCAUUGAACACGUCGCCAGCACAGACUCGAUUGAUAUCAAUCCCGUCUGCGUUUGCAUGGAUCGAUGCAGAGGAGUUCUCAAAGGAUUUCAGGAAGCUCAGUCCAAAGGAUCCGUAUUCUCAGCUUUGGGAUAGGUUUUGGGGGGACGCCUCUCAGUUUGAGGUUACUGAGGUUCAGGAAGGUCCCAUGGCGGACGCAGCUCCUUUGAAUGGAGCUGAGGACUUGGCAUCCACUGCAGAAGAAGAAGAUCGCCUUUCUGGCUGUCGUAUCCUCGACAUUGGUGUUAGGAGCUUCAUCCAGAAGCUCUUCAUUCGCGCAGAUUACAUCCGGAUUUACGAUCGCCUUGAGGACCGCCGCAUAGAGCUCACUAGUGCGAAUGGUCCUCCGGGGCGUCCGGCGGUGGGCAUCGUCACAGGUCACCCUGGUGUUGGUAAGAGCAUCUGGGUGCUGUAUGCCUUAACAAGACGCCUUGCCGAACGGAAGCCGACCAUUCUGCACCGAGGGAUGGAGCACUUCCUCUUCGUGGAGGAAGGCGUGUAUGAGUUCACUCAAACGAAAUAUUACCGGUACUUUCGCGAGGACGUCUGGGCUUUGGUCGAUUCGGAUAUGGUUCCAGAAGGCCUACCACACUCCAUCGUGAGGCGGGAUGCCGCAGUCUUCGUUGUCUUUGAGACACACCCAUCCUCGGAACGCUGGGAGUGCGUACACGGCAUCGCAUCUCAAAUCAUCGUUAUGAUGAACCCCUGGACGAGCUGGGAGAUACAUCAGGCAGCACUGGCGCAAGGCUCCAUUGACCUCAGGAGCGUUGACAAAGCAUUUCAUCUCUUGGGUCCCCUUCCGAGCCUAUGUAUCGACCUUCCCUUAAAGCCUCGUGAAAUGAUGCUUUAUGAAGCUCAUCUAGAGCGUACAAUUUCGUGCAGGUCGUCUUGGAACCCUCCGUCCUGCUUCCUCGAAUCUGGUGCUUUGCAGGUGGACAAGUCGCUGCCGCUCAACCUGGUAGUGAUCAGCCGUGCUGAACGCAACGAUGUGGAGAGUGAGAUGAGCUUACCACUUAUCACGCCAUAUGUCGCCCGGCGACUUACCGCCGCUUAUGUUUUCCAAGAUUCUAGUUUUCGGAAAAAUGAUAUCCACGCUUACAAGUUCUUUACGACCCUCCCCGACUCUCCUGAUCCUGAUGCUCUUCUCUGCGAUGUUUGCGCUAGAAGGUUACUCAAAAUAUCAACACCGAAGAUCUCCAUGUUCGAGAUGUCUCGUGUGCAAGACAACGAUUCAUUACCACCUGCGAUGCGCAACCUAUUGCUCCAAAAAGCGAUUUUCCUUUUGGAGGCCAGUCCAUGGUAUCGCUCUUUGAUCGAUUGGUCUGCCGUUCCGUACAAAGAGUAUUUCUACAUCAAUGAAGACCUCAAGGAUCUGGAACGCGACAUCCAGUUCCUUCCCCUCGAUAACCGACAGCAAUUAUUCCAUUCCUUCUGCAUUAGAAACGGCUUUCUCUACAUCUUCCGACUCACCACGGCGGCGGAGGAACACGUUGACCUUGGACUCCUCCGCUUUUUUGCUGGACGUGGGGGAGUGCCUGAGGUUGACAAGUGGCGGUUUGUCUUCCUGAUACGGGGGGACGACAAAAUGUCUUGCAUUGUAACCCAGGAUGAGAAGCUUGCACAGAUCACGUUUUAUACCCACCAAUACACUAUCCCUGAGAAAUGA